UAAUGUCGAUCACGAGUCUAUUGCCGACAAAUUGAUGUCUGAGUUGUGUUUAAAUGAUAUUUCAGCCAUAAAUGUGGAGAAUUGCAGUUCUGGUCAACAAAAGCGGAUAGUAAUAGCGAUGGAAAUGACGGCUGAAAUCAAACCAAACCUCAUAUGUGUUGACGAACCGACUUCUGGUGUCGACAGCUAUUCAGCAAUUUUGAUGAUAAAAUGCUUCAAACGUUUGUCCCGUAAACACAAUAUAUCGAUGAUUGCAUCCAUACAUCAGCCAAACCUCGAAAUCCUAAUGUUAUUCGAUAUGUUGUAUAUAUUGGCCAAAGGAGGGGUCGCCGUAUACUCGGGUCCGCCCCGAGGUUUGCGCUCACAUUUAGAUCAAUGCAAUAUUCAAUGCAAUGAAAACCAAAUACCAAUUGAAGUACUCAUUAAACUGUCGGCCAACGGAUUCAGUGAUGAGAAAGUGAUGGAAUUGUCUCAAAAAACAAAUCAAAUAAUAAACAAAUACAUUGAAAGGAUUCGCACAGAACUGGAUAUCUCUUCGGUCGGAAUUGUCACUAAUUUUAAACACUUUUCUAUCACUGAAUUUCUAUACCUAUUGUCGAGAGCCGUCACAAGGCUUUGGCGACACGAGUGGCCUAUAAUAUUGAUCGUAAUUAUGUGCUGGGAGAGCUCUAAAAGAGGCUGGUAUUCCGUGGAAUCGUAUUUUAUGGUCAAACUUGUAGUGAAUAUUAUACCAAUUUUUGUGACCAAUAUUUGUCUGUCGUUUAUAAUCAAUAUCUACGACCGAUUGGACGCAAUGCCGGCCGCGAUCUUUAUGGCCGUAACAUUGGCUUCAGUGGCCAUACAAAGGAUCUGUCAUUUGGUUAGCAUAUGUUUUCCCCGACACACGGCCUCCGCAGCCAUAAUCAUAUGUGUUUUGUUUUCUCUAACGAACACAAACUUCAUGCCAGUGUAUGAAUUCGGACCCGCAUUUCAACAGUUAACUAAUUUGUCGCCAAUCAAAGCCGUGUUUAGCUAUUUCCAAGUCUAUCUGUACGGUCGGGGCCGCUGUCCCACCGCUACUCAUAUAUCGUCCGUCUUAUAUAGGAAUCAAUUGACGGACGAAGACUUGGAUAAGUCGUGGCCUCACCCGAUGGUCAUAUCCAAAAAC